CUGGGGAAAGCUCUGUAACAGAGGAGCCCCAGAGGACUCCCCUGGCCGUCAGCCAUGGCUGUACCUAUUGCAGUUCUUGACUGCGACCUCUUGCUGUAUGGCCGCGGACACAGGACUUUGGAUCGCUUCAAGCUGGAGGAUGUCACGGAUGAGUAUUUAGUAUCCACGUACGGCUUUCCCCGACAGUUCAUUUACUACCUGGUGGAUCUCCUGGGAGAUAGUCUCUCUCGCCCUACGCAGCGGUCCAGGGCCAUCAGUCCGGAGACGCAGAUACUUGCUGCACUGGGUUUCUAUACCUCUGGCUCCUUCCAGACUCGCAUGGGGGAUGCUAUUGGCAUUAGUCAAGCCUCUAUGAGCCGCUGCGUUGCCAAUGUAACUGAGGCAUUGGUGGAAAGAGCCUCACAGUUCAUUCACUUUCCUGAGGAUGAAGCUACCGUUCAGAGCCUGAAGGAUGACUUUUACGGGCUGGCAGGCAUGCCGGGAGUGCUGGGGGUGGUUGACUGCACCCACGUGGCAAUCAAAGCACCAAAUGCUGAGGACCUGUCCUAUGUGAACCGAAAGGGUCUCCAUUCUCUGAACUGCUUGAUGGUGUGUGAUGCCAGAGGAGUCCUCCUGAGUGCAGAAACACACUGGCCAGGCAGCCUGCCCGACUGCACAGUGUUACAACAGGCAGCCCUUACAAGCCAAUUUGAAACUGAGCUACAUAAAGAUGGCUGGCUACUUGGUGACAGCUCCUUCUUUCUCCGAACGUGGUUGAUGACCCCUCUGCAUAUCCCUGAGACACCUGCAGAAUAUCGUUACAACAUGGCGCAUUCUGCCACUCACAAUGUCAUUGAGCGGACGUUCAGAACCAUUCGGUCACGUUUCCGCUGCCUGGAUGGGUCCAAAGGCACCCUGCAGUAUUCUCCAGAGAAAUCCAGCCACAUCAUUCUGGCCUGCUGUGUGCUCCAUAACAUCUCCCUGGAACACGGGCUGGACGUGUGGUCUUCCCCGGCCACAGGACACAUGGAGCAACCGGAAGAAGAGUAUGAGCAAAUGGAAUCAAUGGACUCGGAAGCCUGUCGUAUUCGUCAGGAGCUUUUACUUACUCAUUUUAGCUAAUAUUGUGACAGAGGGAAGGCUUCUAAUGGUUCAUCUGGGAAGAUAUACAGAGGAAAUAUGACCCUUCCUCCUCUUUAAGUCUGUAAGGACUAAGCAGACGUGAGACGAGGAGAAAUUUUACUCUCUUCAUUUCAGGCAGUAUUCUGAAUUUCUCUCGAUCUUUCCAGAGAUGCAAUUUAACCGCUAAAUUUUUACUGUUGUGAUGCUUAUAGACUCCCCUUUCAUCUGAUUUAGAGAACAAUGACUAAUGUGAGAUCAGUGGAGAGACUUGGGAAAUUGUCUUUGAUAAUUAUGAAAAAUCUGUAAGCCUCGCACCGUUUUACAAAGCAACAACAAUUCUAUGCUGCUUUGUAACCCAGAACGUUCAUGACUGAAUUUUAAACAGUAUUUCACACGAAAUAAACUUCCAUGUGGACUCAUGUCUACCCUGAAUUCAUGAGCAGCAAAGCAAACAUUUAUCUUUUCGUUUGCAGAUACAAAUUCUUGCUAAAUACCAUUUUGCAGUUUUGCACAUCAUGCAAAACCCAGCGAUUCCUCUGGAAGCUGACAGCUGUGUUCUGGGAGGAGUCUGGCUUUUUGCUGGGUACACACUAGUGCUUGCACGUACCUAGAAGGUCAAGAAGGGUUGAACGUUUCUUCUUUCCCAAACAGACUGGGGAAGAUGUUGAGCUGUGGUUGGCUCUGUCAGUUACUUAACAGAUAUUAGGAAAUGGGCUAGUGAAUGUAAGUCUAGUUCUCGCUAGGUAUGUCUGCCACAACAGAAAUUGUCAGUAACUACUCAUCUUGUUGGCUGCUGUAAAAGAAAUGCCAAGGACUGGCUGGUCACAAAAAUUGAACUGGUUGCAAAAGUUCUCCGUUUAGAUCAGAGCUGAGGUACAGAAAGGCUGCUGUACCACUGCUGGCAAUCUACCUAUUCAGUGGAAAAAAGAUGACUAAUGCACGCAGUUGUUGCUGGCACAGGACUGGAAAGUUUCCUGGCAAUGUUCUCGUUCUAAAAGGUGCAGGUGUUUCCAAGGAUCUCUUAACAGCAGUCUGAGAAAAUUUUUGUUUCUUAGAUUUUAUUGUUUACUGGGCAGUAAGUGAAACACAACUGGUAGGGAAUGCAGAACGCUGAAAAAAUGUAGCUACUUAAAGUAGCAGUGCAACCAUCUGGCACAGCAGGUCUCUCUGUUCUCUUAGAGGAAAUGAGCCUGGAUCGUGCCCCACGUUUGAAGAAUAAGAAAGUAUGGGACACGUUCCUAAGUGUAGGAUGGAGAUGCUGGAUUAGGUAUAGUUCUGUCAGGUUAGCAAUGGCAGCAAGCAUUUACUAUCUUAUAGAAAACCAAGCAUGCUUUAUGAUGUAUAAGCAGCAUGUUUUCAUAAGCCUUGAUGAGAACUGUUACAUAAUAUGUACAAC